UGACAAAGUAUUCCAUGAUGUGAACCUCGCUUUCCAAAAUACGAAAAUGCCAUCAACACGCAACCAACUCCAACAACCUCGAAGAUCUAACGGUGUUCCGCGCCCGAUCGGCUCCAUUCUGCGUGGCAACAAGAAUCAUGAAUACCAUCGCGAACAUUCUCGCACAGUGAGAAGUAGGCCAUUAAGCACGGAAAUCGCCCUACAAAACGCAGGCUACCGCGACUCGUCACAGAAAAUAUUCAGGUCGUUCCAACAAGAAGCCGUGAAUGAUAAAGACACGAAGAGAAACUCGUGGUGCAUCUGUGAUGCCUCCCUCGAAUCCCUCUCGGACGCAGAUGUCGAGACUCUGACGCGCUGUUCUAAUCGCGAGUGUUCCUCUCCCGGCGAUGGCGUCUUUCAUCUCAUCUGCGUCAAUCUUCCCGACCACCCGCCACGCGGCAUCCCCUGGUUCUGUCCUACAUGCCAUGAAGAAUUUAUCACACCAAACUCUUCAUUGUUGCGGAUGGAAAGAUCCGAUGAUGUGGCGUUUCCAGUCUCGGUCUCGUCGCAUCACACGCGGCGGAUCGAGGCGGGGAGGAGAGAGGGAUUGAGAUAUCAUGGGAGGGCGUUGGAAAGGUGGAUUGCUGAGAUGGCUGAGAAGGAUACAGCUUCUGGGGAAGGGAGUCGCGAAGGUCACCAUGACAAGAAGAGGUUGGGAGAUGAGCAGGUGGUGGAGGGUGAGAUGGAAGUCAAGAUGUAUGGAGAAGAGGUUAUUUACGACUCCAUGUUUGAGACGGACAAAGGCGUCGGUGGAGGGACUCAGCGACGAAAUUCAGACCAGGUUGAUCAGAGGCGAUGACUGUGUCACAUGACAAUGACAAGUUUCCCAGACGGCGACGACGACACCUAGUGAAUGAGAAUAGUAAGGGCUGGCAAUUUGAUUGAAAAGGUCUAUGUGACCUACAUCGACAUGAAACAAUCUGGGUAUCGCGCCUCAAAGAUCGGCCGUUAGAGUGUGCUGUGGAGAGUAAUAAAGACAAUCGCGACGAGCGCCCAACCUCUAUCCCAACGACACAGUGAAGGAAAAUAAGCAAUCUGAAGUGCCAGUGAAGGCACGAAAAAAAUGUACAGCAAAAUCCCCAAAGUAGAAAGACAAACAAAUCAAUCCGACUCUCCUUCCUCUUUUGGCCACGAGGCACAGAAGCUCAGACGCACUGCUGCCCAGUGACGAAGCGCUGCUACAGCCGGCGAUGAAGUCAGGCCAGCAACAGCUACAUUCGAUCCUUUCCCUUCGAAAGGCU